AUGGAAGUCAGAAGCUUGCGAAACAAUCUUGGAGUCCUCAAACUACUCUUGAGUCAACUGUGCAUCGACUUGAAAAACGUAGGAAUUUCUCAAGGGAAAUUGACGUCCCUUAAAACUCAUUCAUAUCCGAAGGUAUCCGAAACAGGUAUCAAGUACUCGGCAGGUGUUUCCAGAUGUUUUGAGAUCCUUGCUCUGAUAGCCGCCGAGGUUCCUGCGGUGGAGGAUUUGCUCUUCAAACUUGUGCAGCUCACCGUGAAAAAGAAAGUGCCGACUGCGAGCGAAGCACACCGUCAAUACGUGGCUUGGCAUGCCGGUCUGCUCAGCACGAACUGCCCUCGCUUGGCAUUGAGGCUCUUGAAAUUUCUCUUGUCGGAGUUUUGUGCGAUACUCGUUUCGUUGCAUCAGAAUCCAGAAAAAUACGCCUCUCAUAGACCUGUCAGUUUUUUCCUUUCGAAUCUUAUCCUGGAUAUCCUGUUACACCUACCUAAGGGUUGCGGACAUAGUCUUAUGAGCAUUGCUAACGAUUUGAGAAAUAUUCCGACGAAUACGCACCUUCUGGGCCUCGCGAAGCAAGAUAUCGUAGAUCAUGUGGACUUUAGGCUACAGCCCUACAAUAGAUGA